AUGCCAACCUCAUUAGAUCGCGAAAUCCCACCCUAUCGUAGUAUGGCGGGGGGAAGGGGCGCAAAUCCCAUAGAUUUAGAGACUUCACCGGGACUGCGAAAACGAGCAUACCGGACCAUUACUAGAACAUCCGGGGAUCGAUCGAGGACUAAGGAACAGGCGGUGAAAGGUACCAUCGCCGCAUCCCAAUCUCUUAGUAAGGCAAUAGAGCGCUUUCCAGACGAACCGUCCGCCUUAUCGGCAGUCAAAUCUAACGGAUCUCAAAGCACCCGUGCCUUUUUUAGCGAAGGGAAGAAUCACCAUCCGGAGUUCAACUCUAAGGAUGAUUCAUUCAGCGAGGGCUAUGGAAGUUAUGAGUCCCAAGAGUACCUUAGAGGCAUUGGACUUCUGCAGCGAUAUGAGCCUCAUUAG